AUGGAGAAGCGACUCCAGGAGGCUCAGCUGUACAAGGAGAAAGGGAACCAGCGCUACCGGGAGGGGAAAUACCGAGAUGCCGUGAGCAGGUACCACCGAGCUCUGCUACAGCUGCGGGGUCUGGACCCAAGUCUGCCCUCCCCGAUCCCAAAUCUCGGGCCUCAAGGCCCCGCUCUCACACCAGAGCAAGAAAGCAUCCUGCACACCACGCAAACCGACUGCUACAACAACCUAGCGGGUAAGAACAGGGCUGGACAGUGGGUGGAGAUUGUGGGCGCAGGCACGAGAGAAAACCGGCGAACGCUGAAAAAACACCAGCAGGCUUUCCUACCGCGCCAUCCAGGCCCUGACAAUGCCAAGGCCUUGUACCGGGCAGGAGUGGCCUUUUUCCAUCUGCAGGACUAUGACCAGGCUCAGCACUACCUCCUGGCUGCAGUCAACAGGCAGCCAAAAGACCCCAAUGUCCGGCGGUACCUCCAGAUGACACAGUCAGAACUCAGCAGCUACCAUCAGAAACAGAAGCAGCUUUACCUGGGCAUGUUCGGUUAG